GACCAAGAGUUCUCAGUGGAAUUCCGUAGUGGAAGGACCGACAUGGGACAGUGAUUUGACAGUGUAUUUGUUUGUUCUUGUUCGUUUGUGCCUCGAAAUGCCGUGCUCCGCAGUAACAUUAUCUUUAGCCACCAUCACGGCUAUCAUAGCCACCGCUAUGUUGGCUAUAGCCUUCAGCACGGAUAACUGGAUGCACAUUGAAGUCAAGAGAUCCAAUAUCAAGGCGUACGCGGCAAAGCGAGGCGGCCAGGAGGCGCUGCUGGAGGCCAUGAACAACAAGUACUACUACUACACCAGGACGAAGGGAUUGUUCAGGACUUGCUUCCCGAAGGAGCGACCCGCCUCCAUCGAGACCUACCUGAGUCCUGUAGAGACCCACUGCAUCAACAUAGAGUAUUUCCUCCCUGAUGUAGACAACCAGACCAAAGGAUUCUCAGAAGACGCCAUGACUAGACUACACAUGGGUCGGGCAGCCAUCGCCCUCUUCAUUGUGGCAUUCUUCUCCAUCUUCGUAGCGUUCUGGACAGGCAUUGCUGGCUGCUGGAGGAGAAGUCCAGGGAACAUCACUGCAACUGCAAUACUGAUAUUAUUGGCAUGUCUUCUGAGCGCAGGAGCCAUGGGGCUGUGGCAUGGUGUGGAAUAUUAUGAGAAAGAAAGAGUUGUCGGAGAAGAGUUUUACCAGCAAUGGAACAAUGUUUUACGAACUGAGACCCGUUCAACACACGACUGGUCGUACAUGAUGGCGUGGACUAGUGUGGCGUUAACGUUCAUCUCCUCUGUCACGUUCUUCUGCGCGGCCUACUGCAUGAGGUCGGAGAAGGAUGAAGAAGAAGCCAAGAAUGUGCAAUAUAUCAUGCCAGUGUACCCCCAGAAGCAGCAGUAUGCAUACGCUGGGUACCCAGCCCCCACUGCGUAUCCAGGACCCUACUAUCACGGCUCACAAUACGGACCAUACAAUUACUGAUCAGCUGAUACCUAGGAAUACCUGAUUUGACAAACAGCUGAUGCAGAAAACAGCUGAUUCACACAAUAGACUCCAUGACAAGCUAGUGAUCAUUGUCAUUUGUUAGGCCUUACAAUUUAGAGUAAUAAUAUUGUGAUGUGAAAAUUGAAUUGUAUAUCAAAUUCUCUGUGAUUACAAUGAAUGUGUGGAGAAAGUGAAAUUUAAUAAGAAGUUUGACUGUAAUACUAUAUAGGCCAAUAGUAAAUUUGAUUAUACUGUAAUGCUUUAACCAAUUAUUAUCUUUUUUUACUGUGUGUAAUCGUAUUGAUUGUAAUUUUGAAUACGUAAAUCUUUGAUCGAGGAAGUUUUUGGUCUUGAUAAAUAUUAAUUUGAAAUAUUAUAAUGUAUUUAAAAACUGAAUUUGUACGAAGGAUUUUCUCAAAGUAGGCUAAUUCUAUUAUGGAUGCUUUAUUGAUUAUAGGCCAUUUUGAAUUUAUGUAAAAUAGUGGAUCCUAUUUAGUUAUUUUGAUGAUUUUUUUUAUUGCAAAAUCACAAGAGAAAAAAUGUAUAAUGUGCUUUGGUAAGUUCCGAACUGAUGAAUUAUAUAUGUCAAAAAUAUAAUGUGUACACAUGUCUGUUAUGGUUUUAUACGUCCAAUUUUAAAGUGUAAUCUAUUUAUUUUGUACCAUAUUAUAGCCUAUUUCCUAGGUUAGACUAGUUUAGUAAUGUCUAGUUGUACAUAAGUUUUAUAUUUCAGCAGCAUUUGAUUCUAUUUGUAUCAAUAUGUCAUUACUUGAUUGAUAUAAUGUUUCUCGUUUGACCAGUCAAGUUGUGCAUUUUGUUGCGAGUCUGUAAUUUUUACGACCGAUUUGCUCACGUUGAAAGAUCAGUAUUUUUACAUUUAGGUUAUUUAUCCAUCUUUUUAUGUAGAGUAAGUUUUUUUUAUUUUGUUCAUGUACAGAAUGUAAUAGUAGAAAAAAUAUAUCUGAAUUGUUGUAUUUUGUUAAAAAACCAGAUUUAGCUGUAUUGAAAUGAUUGAUAAUCUAAAUAAAUAUACUUUUCUAA